AUUGAAAACCUAAUUUUAGAUUUUUCCGGUAGAUGACCGGAGUAAUUAAUUUUACUAUACUAGGUCAGCGAGGAAAGCAGCCCUAUUAUAUAGCAGUGUUACGAAAUCAGUUUCCUUCCUCUAACCUAAUAAUCAAAAUCAUCAAUCCCUCUUCUCAAACCAAUUCCCACUUUUCCUCUCUUCCCCUCACCAAACUCAAACCAAUUUUCACAAUCACCCCACGCCGUCACCCUCAAACGAUUCCCUUCCGCUAGCAAAACGACUGCGGUUUGGUCGUCGAGGCAUGCUAUUCGCUGCUCACUGCCUUUAUUCUUCAUCAUCGUAAAAAUCACACCCAAUAGAUUAGAGACAUUGACUUUGUGCUUUUUUUCUGGGAGGAGAACAAAUGGACCAAGCUCUUGUGGACGACAUAAUCAACCGCCUUCUCGAAGUUCGCGGCCGCCCGGGCAAGCAGGUGCAGCUGUCGGAGUCGGAGAUCCGCCAGCUCUGUGCCGCUUCCAGAGAGAUUUUCCUGCAGCAACCUAAUUUGUUGGAGCUUGAAGCACCCAUUAAGAUUUGCGGUGAUGUACAUGGUCAAUAUUCUGAUCUUUUAAGGCUUUUUGAGUAUGGCGGACUACCUCCUGAGGCCAACUACUUAUUUUUGGGGGAUUAUGUGGAUCGAGGGAAGCAGAGUUUGGAAACAAUAUGCCUUCUCCUAGCAUAUAAAAUAAAAUAUCCCGAGAAUUUUUUCCUUUUGAGGGGUAACCAUGAAUGUGCUUCUAUUAACCGUAUAUAUGGAUUUUAUGAUGAGUGUAAACGAAGGUUCAAUGUAAGGUUAUGGAAGACAUUUACAGAAUGCUUCAAUUGCCUUCCUGUGGCAGCACUGAUUGAUGAAAAGAUUUUGUGCAUGCAUGGGGGUCUUUCUCCUGACUUGCUUAAUUUGGAUCAGAUUAGAAAUCUACAACGGCCCACUGAUGUGCCUGAUACAGGUUUGCUUUGUGAUCUCCUCUGGUCAGACCCAAGCAAAGAGGUCCAAGGUUGGGGAAUGAAUGACAGGGGAGUUUCAUAUACAUUUGGUGCUGAUAAGGUCUCAGAGUUUCUUCAAAAACAUGAUUUGGAUCUUAUUUGUCGUGCUCAUCAGGUGGUGGAAGAUGGGUAUGAGUUCUUUGCUAACCGGCAGCUAGUAACAAUAUUUUCAGCACCUAAUUAUUGUGGAGAGUUUGACAAUGCUGGCGCUAUGAUGAGUGUCGAUGAGACACUAAUGUGCUCUUUCCAAAUAUUAAAGCCAGCUGAUAAAAAAGUAAAGCUCAACUUCGGAAGUACUACUACUACUAAGCCAGGAAACUCUCCAGCAGGCGUAAAGUCCUUCCUGGGUACAAAAGUAUGAAGUUAAGUUUAAGCUUGGUCUUGAAGUUGUAAUAGUUGCAAGAAAAGGAAAGUAGAGUUCCAUUUGGUCUCCUAUGAUAUUUUGGAAUUGUAAAAACGAAGGGAAACACCAUCAUGAACUAUGUAGACCGUUGUUUUCAACUGGUACAAAUUUGCAUUUUGAGGUGGACAGCCUCUCCUUGUUUUCUUUUGUACACUAAUAGCUGGUAUAUGUCGUUCUGACUUCUAAGGUUCUCAAGCAUUGAUGGAUACAUCUGCAUGUGUUCUGAAAACUAAUUAAAAAUGCUCUUACAAUUGGUGUAUGAAUGGCAGUUAAGCCAGUAAAAAACUAAAAAUGGAUAUGGUCCUCACUUUGGUGGUC